UCCUCCCCGGACGCCGGAGCAGUGCGGGCUCGGCAGUCAGUGGGGCAGCAGGGCACAUGGUGGGCUCCGGCUGGCAGGACCAUGAGCACUGACAGGAGGAGAUGCCCGGGGGUCACGCUCAGCUCCAGGGCUCAUGCGUUUUCGGUAGAGGCGCUGAUCGGGGGGCACAAAAAAAGGAAACUUCGGGACUGGGAGCCGGACAAGGGCCUGGAUCUCUCCAUGGACGGACUGAGCCCACAUGGGGACCUGGGGGAAGGAGAGGACGGGGGAGCCUGCCUGGACCUCAACCCCGAUUCUGAACACAGCACCAGCUCAGACACAGAGGUCCUGGCGGAGAGGACAUCCUGCUCCUAUGAGACGUGCCCGGAUUUGGCUCCUUCUCGAGUCCCAGAUCCCCAGCCCUUAUCUGCGUCUUCCAUGGAUGAGAUCCAAGUGGAGCUGCAGUGUGCCGACCUCUGGAAGAGGUUCCACGACAUCGGGACAGAGAUGAUCAUCACCAAGGCUGGCAGGCGGAUGUUCCCAGCAAUGAGAGUGAAGAUCUCGGGGUUGGAUCCCCAUCAGCAAUAUUACAUAGCGAUGGACAUUGUGCCUGUGGACAACAAAAGAUACAGAUACGUUUAUCACAGCUCCAAGUGGAUGGUGGCUGGGAACGCCGACUCCCCGGUUCCUCCUCGUGUUUACAUCCAUCCAGACUCCUUGGCCUCUGGGGACACCUGGAUGAGGCAGGUGGUCAGUUUUGACAAGCUUAAACUCACUAACAAUGAGCUGGACGAUCAAGGACAUAUAAUCCUGCACUCCAUGCACAAGUAUCAACCCCGUGUCCACGUUAUUCGAAAGGACUUCAGUAGUGACUUGUCUCCAACCAAGUCCGUCCCAGCCGGAGAAGGAGUGAAGACUUUCAACUUUCCUGAAACCGUCUUCACCACUGUGACCGCCUAUCAGAACCAGCAGAUUACAAGGUUGAAGAUUGACAGAAAUCCCUUUGCCAAAGGAUUCCGAGACUCGGGAAGAAACCGGACGGGCCUGGAGGCUAUCAUGGAGACGUAUGCAUUCUGGAGGCCACCAGUCCGCACUCUUACCUUUGAAGAUUUUACGACCAUGCAGAAGCAACAAGGUGGCAGCACAGGAACAUCUCCUACAACCUCGAGCACUGGGACUCCAUCUCCCUCAGCAUCUUCUCAUCUGCUCUCUCCAUCUUGCUCUCCACCAACCUUUCAUCUGACACACAACUCCUUCAAUGUGGGCUGCCGGGAAAAUCAGCUAUGCAACCUUAACCUGUCGGAGUACCCCGCCUGUGCCAGGAGCAACAUGGCCGCACUCCAGAGCUACUCCAGCCUGAGUGAUAAUGGAUACAACAGGCUGCAAGGAGGAAACUCUGCUGGUACCCAACCAUCUGAGACCUUUAUGUCCCAGAGGACUUCCACCUUAAUCUCUGGAAUGCCCACUCCUUCCUCUUUGCCAAGCAACAGCAAGAUGGAUGCAUAUAGCGGGCAGCUGGGCUCUUACCCAACCUCACAGUUUCAAUAUAUGAUGCAAGCUGGAAACCCUUCCUCCAGCUCCUCAUCCUCGCACAUGUUUGGAAGCAGCCACAUGCAACAAGGUUCCUACAAUGCCUUCUCCAUCCACAACCCUUACAACCUUUAUGGAUACAACUUCCCAGCUUCUCCUCGCCUGGCAGCGAGCCCCGAGAAACUUACUGCACCACAAGGCACUUUACUCUGUUCCUCACCCUCUAAUGUUGCUUUUGGGGACAGGCAGUACCUGUCCUCGGGUAUGGAUGCCAUGCACAUGAUUGGCAACCCUCCAAGCAAUCAGCACGCCACAAAUGCCUGUGACAGCAGACAGUAUGGAGGUGUCCCUGGAUCAUCAUCACAGAUGUCCGUACAUAUGGUUUGAAGACCGUCUGGGUCUUUGUGGGUUGGUCAGUAGAAACCACAGUGCCUUAAAAUAGUAGGAUUAGCAUGGAGCCAUGACUGUCUCAUGGAAGGUGGCGGAUGUACAAUGCAGUUGUCAUGGACCUAGCUUGCAGCGUAACCUGUAGAUCUCUCCUGUUUUUGGAUACUAUGUUGAAGAGCCUCUGGACGUAUGGUGGGAACAUCCUCACUGCUUGAUCCAACUGUAGCCCCUCAGGGUCUUUUAGUAGGAUGUUGAACCCGACAAUCAGUUCGGAACAAAUAUUUGGUCAAAAAUACAAGACUUUGUGAAAGUGUUGGACAUCUGUGGACACUACUCUGGAAAUCAUUGGGUGGUGGUGGUUGUGGUGUUGGAUAUUCGAGGAAUGUUGUGUUACAGGACUUCUGUUGGAUGUAGACGUUGGGGUUGAACUUGUGACUCCACGUGGCAGGCCGUCUGCUGGGAAAUCGGAGCAUGGAGAUUAAUUGUGAUGAGGAGAUGAGGGGGAAAAUGCUCCUUUGAACUGGUCAUUGGGAAGUGAGGUGGAACGGGUGCGAGAACGUUUUAGACGGAUGCCUCAGUGGAUGUGUGUCACAGGAGAUCAUCACAUGUCCAGGUUACGAGCGUAUCUUCUCGUCCAGACACUUAAACAAGUAUUAUUUACCCCAUGUAAAUACAGAAAAGACGUUUUCCUCUGUUUCUUCUGUCUCCUAGAUGUGUUCACAUGAAGGAAUUGUUGUGAUAUUAGAAGUGCACUUUGGAGCGAUCGGGGCGAUGGCUUCUUCUGAAAUGUAGACAUCACACUAGAACAUAAUGGAAAGCUUGGGAUUUAUCGCAGGGUUGGUGGUCCUCCAGUCUUCACACAAGGGAGUGGUCCGAGCCUUGCUGUCUGGAGGUUUCCUUCGAGGCUUGUCUUCCAAUAGAUGAAGAAUUUAUACCAAAUCCGCUCCCCUAAGAGUAGAUAAUAUCCUGUGCCUGGAGCGCUCGUAGCUUCACCAUUCUGUGCCUUACACUAAUUAUCUGUAUAUUAUAGAUGAUGUUGGCGAUAUUACGUGGUGUCCGCUAAGGUUCAGCGUCCCACCAUGAUUCCGAUACCCGGCCACAGCUUUUUGGGUGACUUUUUCCAAUGGAAAUUGUACUUAUUGACCCUGCCACGUGGAUGUAUUAAGUCUGAGUACAUUCCUACGGGAGGUGGCCACACACAAGAGCACAUGACACGUAGGUCUAGAUGAGGAGAUACUUAAGUGUCUCAUCUCCUGUCCUACCCAUUGGGAAGAACGGCUUAAAUGUAGCGGUGGUGAUGGCCUUGAGGUCUACCAGGAGUCUCAGAUUAUCUCAGCUUUGCUGAGUGUGCACUCACACUCAUCAUAUCACAAGGCCUAGGGAAGAGGUCUGAUUCACCCAUUGAGCCCAGAAGCCUGAGGCCCACAACCAUGAAGAGCUAGUCCAAGGGCAGGGCCAUGUAGACCAGGCAGCAGGGGCCACUUGUGCAAGAAAAGUGAACAGGUCCCAGCUCUCCAAUAGCUUUCAUGAAGUACCCCCUUACAUGCCAUUCAGUAGAUAGCAGGAAGCAGUGGCCCCCAGCAGGAAGCAGUGGCCCUCCCUUUACUCACUGGGCCCCGGAUGUAGACAGUGCUGUAGGAUGCAUCCUCCACCUUCAUGACAUCAUGCAGAUGUCACUCAGUCAGUUGUUGUCCAAGGACGGCCGAAGCUCGGAGAAUGCUCUUACCGCUCUUCAGUGCAGGUUCUGUUUGUAUCUACGGUGUAAUUAUUGCGCUGCUUUAUCGCUUCAUUUAUAUCGCUUUUCUUUAAAUCUUCUGACGUCAUGAGAGCAGCAGGCCCCUGCAACCCCCUCACUGCCACGCCACUAUCAUGGAGCCCGAACCUAAGGCGGGAUAUCGUUUGGGGCGGCACACAACUUCUAUUUAUUGUCAUGUUGUAUCACUUUUAUGGUUAUUUUACAUGAUGCUGUGCGGUAAUGUGUAAGCAAGAUAAAUGCAGGACUGGGGAUAGCAGUAACAUGUGGACGUGGGCUCUGUGGGGCCAGGUCUGCUGCUCUUGUGAAUGGUAUAAAACCGCAGCUGUGUGAUAAUGCAGAUAUGACAUAAUCCGAUUUCUGUUUGUUGAUGUGAUGUAGAUAAUGAUAUUUAAGUGCGAAGUGGUUGUGGGGGAGGGGAGAGCAGCGAUCAGCUAUGUAACACAUCACUGUGUAUAAGUGCCAAGCACACAGACGCUCAAUAAAUAUCUCUGCUCUAAAGUG